AUGAAAAAUGAAAUUAGCACUGGUAGCAGUGAUCUGACUGUUCAAGCUGGAGCUUCUUUUGCAAAAUAUUAUACCCAACAGACAUAUGGGGAACUCCAGAAAGGUGAGUCUAAAUAUUUAUUUGAAUCUCCAACAGAGCCUGUGACAUCCAUACUGUCUUCACAACAAGAUAUUGUUGAUGACGAUUUGGCUAAGAUACCUUCAAAUUCCCAAAAUAUUGCACCCACUAUUUCUUACAAGCAAAAGAAAGAACAAGGCUUAAUUCAGGAAAUAUCUGCAGGUGAUAGCCAGGAUGAUAUAUUCCCAUCCACCCAAGAUCAUGACUCCAUAUCUGUGGAAUAUGUGACUGAAAUUUUGCUGAUCUCGGGUUAG